AUGCUAAACGCUUUCGAAGCGCCCCAGAAAGAAGGCCGCUGCCAACUCCGUCCUUCUCUGGGGCUCGCGUUCGACAAGAUUUUCUGCAAGCCCAAUGCCGUCUGCGGAGCACGGGACAGUAUGCUUCUGUUGAAUGUCAUGAACCUGUCCAUUGCAGAUUUGGUAAACUUCUCUGGGCCUUGCAGACACCUGGCGCCGUACGACAAGUGCAAAUGCAUUCCCCACGGAGUGGUCGUCGAUGCAGCCAACGAUGUCUGCGCCCCUGCAAAACUAAACAAGCAUGGACUGUUGUUCCGAUUUCGUCUCACACGCGCAACAGGAUGA